AUGGAGGCCCCGUACUCCAUGACCGCGCACUACGACGAGUUCCAGGAGGUGAAGUACGCCAGCCGGUGCGGCGCGGGCAGGGGCGGCGCGCGCGGGGCCUCGCUGCCGCCCGGCUUCCCGCGGGCCGCGGGCCGCGGCGCCGGCGGGGCCCGGGCCUCGCUGCCGCGCUGGAACCGGCGCGAGGUGUGCCUGCUGUCGGGGCUGGUGUUCGCCGCCGGCCUGUGCGCCAUCCUGGCCGCCAUGCUGGCGCUCAAGUACCUGGGCCCAGGCGCGGCGGGCGCGGGCGCGGGCGCGGCGGGCGGCGGCGCGUGUCCCGAGGGCUGCCCCGAGCGCAAGGCCUUCGCGCGCGCCGCGCGCUUCCUGGCCGCCAACCUGGACGCCAGCAUCGACCCGUGCCAGGACUUCUACUCGUUCGCGUGCGGCGGCUGGCUGCGGCGCCACGCCAUCCCCGACGACAAGCUGACGUACGGCACCAUCGCGGCCAUCGGCGAGCAGAACGAGGAGCGGCUGCGGCGCCUGCUGGCGCGGCCGGCCGGGGGCCCCGGCGGCGCGGCGCAGCGCAAGGUGCGCGCCUUCUUCCGCUCGUGCCUCGACAUGCGCGAGAUCGAGCGGCUCGGGCCGCGGCCCAUGCUCGAGGUCAUCGCCGACUGCGGGGGCUGGGACCUGGGCGGCGCGGGCCCGGCGGCGGCGGCGGCGGCGGGCGAGCGGCCGGGGUCCGAGCGGCCCGGGGCGGCGGCGGCGGCGCGCUGGGACCUCAACCGGCUGCUCUACAAGGCGCAGGGCGUGUACAGCGCGGCCGCGCUCUUCUCGCUCACCGUCAGCCUGGACGACAGGAACUCCUCGCGCUACGUCAUCCGCAUUGACCAGGAUGGGCUCACCCUGCCCGAGAGGACCCUGUACCUAGCUCAGGAUGAGGAGAGCGAGAAGAUCCUGGCGGCCUACAGGGUGUUCAUGGAGCGUCUGCUGAGACUUCUGGGAGCCGAGGCUGUGGAGCAGAAGGCCCAGGAGAUCCUGCAGCUGGAGCAGAGGCUGGCCAACAUCACCGUGUCAGAGUAUGAUGACCUGCGUCGCGAUGUCAGCUCCAUGUACAACAAGGUGACGCUGGCCCAGCUGCAGAAGAUCACCCCCCAUCUGCGCUGGAAAUGGCUGCUGGACCAGAUCUUCCAGGAGGACUUCUCAGAGGAGGAGGAGGUGGUGCUGCUGGCCACAGACUACAUGCAGCAGGUGUCCCAGCUGAUCCACUCCACGCCCCGCAGGAUCCUGCACAACUACCUGCUGUGGCGUGUGGUGGUGGCACUGAGCGAGCACCUGUCCACCCCGUUCCGGGAGGCGCUGCAUGAGCUGGCGAGGGAGAUGGAGGGCAGCGACAAGCCCCAGGAGCUGGCUCGUGUCUGCCUGGGCCAGGCCAAUCGCCACUUUGGCAUGGCUCUUGGUGCCCUUUUUGUACAUGAGCACUUCUCGGCUGCCAGCAAAGCCAAGGUGCAACAGCUGGUGGAAGACAUCAAGUACAUCUUGGGUCAGCGCCUGGAGGAACUAGAUUGGAUGGAUGCCCAGACCAAGGCAGCUGCUCGGGCCAAGCUCCAGUACAUGAUGGUCAUGGUAGGCUACCCAGACUUCCUGCUUAAGCCGGAGGCUGUGGACAAGGAGUAUGAGUUUGAGGUCCAUGAGAAGACCUACUUCAAGAACAUCCUGAACAGCAUCCGCUUCAGCAUCCAGCUCUCCGUCAAGAAGAUUCGACAGGAGGUGGACAAGUCCACGUGGCUGCUUCCCCCACAGGCGCUCAAUGCCUACUAUCUACCCAAUAAGAACCAGAUGGUGUUCCCAGCUGGCAUCCUGCAGCCCACACUGUAUGAUCCUGACUUCCCACAGUCUCUGAACUUCGGGGGCAUUGGCACCAUCAUCGGGCACGAGCUGACCCAUGGCUACGAUGACUGGGGGGGCCAGUAUGACCGCUCUGGGAACCUGCUGCACUGGUGGACUGAGGCCUCGUACAGCCGCUUCCUGCGCAAGGCCGAGUGCAUCGUCCGUCUCUAUGACAACUUCACUGUCUACAACCAGCGGGUGAAUGGAAAACACACACUUGGUGAGAACAUUGCGGACAUGGGUGGCCUCAAGCUGGCCUACUAUGCCUAUCAGAAGUGGGUGCGGGAGCACGGGCCGGAGCACCCGCUGCACCGGCUGAAGUACACACAUAAUCAGCUCUUCUUCAUCGCCUUUGCCCAGAACUGGUGUAUCAAGCGGCGGUCGCAGUCCAUCUACCUUCAGGUGCUGACUGACAAGCAUGCUCCUGAGCACUACAGGGUCCUGGGCAGCGUGUCUCAGUUUGAGGAGUUCGGCCGGGCCUUCCACUGUCCCAAGGACUCACCCAUGAACCCCGUCCACAAAUGCUCUGUGUGGUGA